AUGUCGUUCGGAACCCUCUAUGCCAGCCAGCAGAUCCGUUCUGUUGUACCAGCGUCUUUGAUCAAGUAUUACAACUUGGACAUUGAAAUCAAGAACAAGGAUGACGAAUACUUCCGUCUCUUCCCUUUGAACAAAAUCCCUACCUUCAAGGGCGACCACGGGUUCAAGUUGACCGAAGUUAUCGCUAUCUCGCUCUACUUGAUUUCCUUGGGCGAUGCAAAGUCUCCUUUGCUCGGUAAGGACAACAAGGAGUAUGCUAGAAUUAUCGGGUGGAUGUCAUUCACCAACUCCGAGUUACUCGUUGCUAUCGGGUUCUUAAUCAAACCGUUGACCGGAAAUGCUCCGUUUGUCAAGAAGAUCUCGGAUGAAUACACCGUUGCCUUGGAGAAGUGCUGUCAGAUCGUGGAGGCCCGUCUCUACGACUUCACCUACUUGGUAGGUGAAAGACUCACCUUGGCAGACUUGUUCACCGCUGCCUGUAUCUCCAGAGGCUUUGAUUUCCUCUUUGGCAAGCAGUGGAUAAAGGCGCACCCUAACAUCACUAGAUGGUUCAAGACCGUCAUCCAGAGCGACAUCUUGAAGGAUCACUUUGCCGGUUAUACCUUCCGCGAGAAGCCAUUGGAGUACACUACUCCCAAGAAGGAGACUCCAACUAAGAAGGAGGCCCCUGCUAAGAAGGAGGCCCCUGCUAAGGAGGAAACUCCAGCCGAGGAAUACAAAGAUCCUAAGGCCAAGCACCCAUUGGAAGCCUUGGGUAAGUCAAAGUUACCUUUGGAUGAGUGGAAACGUGUCUACUCUAACGAAGAUACCAGAGAAAAGGCCAUUCCGUGGUUCUGGGAGCACUACGACCCAUCAGAAUGGUCUUUGUGGAAGGUUGGCUACAAGUACAACGACGAGUUGACCUUGUGCUUCAUGUCCAACAACUUGGUUGGUGGCUUCUUCAACCGUUUGUCCGGUUCCACCAAGUACUUGUUCGGUUCUAUGGUUGUCUACGGUGAAAACAACGACAACGGGAUCAUCGGUGCCUUCUUGGUCAGGGGCCAGGACUCUGUACCAGCCUUUGAUGUCGCUCCCGACUGGGAAUCUUAUUACUACGAGAAGUUGGACGGCUCUUCGGAGGCUGACAGAGAGUUCAUCAACAACAUGUUCGCCUGGGACAAGCCGGUCGUCGUGGACGGCGUCUCCAGAGAGAUUUCUGACGGUAAGGUGUUCAAAUAA